AUGAAUAUUUUAUAUCGAUUCGUAUCACAUUGUCCACGACUUGGCCAGUCGAAUCAAAGGUAUGUUCAUUAUUUAUCUCAAGCAAAUCCAGUUCGUCAAUCGAAAGAUUUAGUUUCAUGUAUUUUAAAUAAUACAAUUCAUCAUGAUGAACAAAUACUUGUUUGUAAUAAACCACCUGGUGUUAUGGUGCUUGAUGAAACAUGGGAUCGAAAAGCUGAAAUAACAAAUCCAGAACAAGAUGAUGAAGAAACAAAAAUAAAAUCUAGUCUAUCAAAUACUAAUCCAUGUACUAUUCAAUAUCAUAUGCCACAAUUUCGAUCAGCUCUUAAAUGGAGUCAUUUUUUUCCUUGUCUGAGAACACCAAAUGAACCGAGUGGUUUACUCGUAUACACACAAAAUUCUCAAUUACAUGAGGAUAUAAAAAGUACAGCAAUGCGUUCAUUUCGGAAAUUAAAAGAACCCUAUUUAACAUUUUAUGGUAUAACAACAGCUAUUCCACGUAAACUUGAAGAUUCACAACAUGUGAUGAUUGAAAGACAUAUUCAUAAUGGACAAUAUUUGUCCUACGAAGUGUUCGAAGCGACGUCUAAUGCAUUAAAAGAAGGUCGUGUUUAUACAGGUACUAUUGAACAUCGAACAUUAUCUACGAAUGAUGAAUUAAAAGUCGCUUUAGUUGAAUUUAAAACGACAACAUGUACAUGGGAUUUCGUUGAAAUCUACUGUUUACGUCAAUGUGCUCCUUUACUUGGUGAUAAUAAAUAUUGGAAUCGAGUCAAAUUUGUUGCCGGUGUUCCUAUGUAUAUUAAUCCAAUUAAACACGAAAUUUAUCCGACUAAACAACAAUUAAAUAAACAUGUUCGUCUUGCACUUGAUGUAUAUGGCCAACAGAUUACAUGUCCACUUCAUUUACAUCUAGCAGAUUUUAAUUUACCAAAAAAAUUUCGUCGCCAACGUGCAAUUGUUCAUUAUCAUGCACAACCAUUUCCUUAUUUUCAUGAAACACUUGAAAGGCUAAAGCUAAAAUUUCCUGACGAUUUAGAUAUGAAUAAACCAUUCGAACAGCAAAUUGAUGAAGAAUUUGAAGAUGCUAUUAAUCAAUAA